CCAUCUUCAUCCUCCCGCUGGGUCUCAAAAACACUGUCUUUUAGGUCCAGCAUGGUGGGACAACUUCUUCUUCACAGUGCAGUGAUCCUUUGGCUGGUGCAGGCAGCACACACAGGGGGUUACGAUGCUGUGGCUGGAGUAUAUAAUGGACAACUUCCACAGCCUAAUGGUAGGACACCGCAGAAUGGUGGAGGUGUAGGAGCAAUGCUGAUGCCAUCAAAAGGUGUGGGCCGGGCAAUGGGGCCACAACCUGGAUAUGCUGGCUAUCCUACAAAGGGAGUCGGGGGAUAUCCUGCAGUUUUAUCCCACCAAAAUGGAGAUAACUCCAAUGGAUAUCCUGUUAAAGCCAGUCCAACCAAUGGACAACAAACUAAAGGCUAUGGCGCUCAGGAUGGCAGAUAUGGAUGGCAAGGACCUAAAGGCAAUGGUAAUGCAGCUGCUGCACAUGGAACAAAAGGCAAUGGUUAUGGUGCUGGUUCUACUGGAAAUGUGCCUAACACCAAAGGUCAAGGAGCUGUAGCUGGUCCAUCGACUGGCUAUGGGACACGACCAAAUGGCCAAGGAGGAGCUGGAAGUAAACCUAUGAAAGGAUAUGGCCGACCACCUUACGGGGCAGGACCGGGUAAGGGAGCCUUCAGAGGUCUGGGAAUGCCUCAGUUUGCUGGAAGUUAUAAAGGUUAUGGAGCUCAGCCCAUGGCAGGUUACAAUGGUGGUUAUGGCAGUGCUGGUUUGGGUCUGGGGCAUCGGUAUGGAAAUGGGUGGAUGAAGGGACCAAAGCCAGGCUAUGGUGCAGCAGCUGGUGCUUCCAAUGGACAAGGAGCAAAACCCAACGGUUAUGCUGGGGCCAGAGCACCUUUCAGGAAUGGAGCCAUGUCAAAUGGUUAUGGAUCCCAGAAUGGUGGAGCUCCCAAGUCUGCAAAGCCAGGCUUCGGAAAUGUUCCAAACGGGUAUGGUGCCAAACCCAACGGAUAUGGAAGCUACAGAGGAGGUGCAGUAAGACCACAACCAGGUUAUAGGAAAGGUCCUGCUGCCAAUGGAUAUGGACCCAAACCCAGUGGUUAUGGAGCUGCGGCAGGGCCUGGAGCUAAUGCACUCAAAGGAUACACAGCCAAACCCAACGGUCACGGAGUUAGAAAUGGUGCACUGGGUGGAUACGGAGGGAAACCUUACGGGUACGGAGGGUCAAAACCUCAGAAAAAUACUAAAGGACUUGGAGCACCAAGUGAAGGCGUAAAAACACUCGACAGCGGGUAUGGUGGCCCUGCUGGUGUAACUAAAGGGCAGUUCCCUAAAGCAGCCAAUGCAGGUUACAACAUGCUGCCGAAUACAAAAGGUCAAGAUGGAAAGGGUGCAGGUGAAUUCAGUGGAAAGAGCUUCAAAGGUGGAGUUCUUUCUCCUGAGCAGCCAAGUGUAGCACCGCUGGAGGGCCUUUCCCUCCGACAAGCAAUAACUCGUGGCGCAGUGCCUUUUCCCCUGACAGGUGGUGUCCAUGCUGAGGUGUCAAAAGAGAAAUACCAAAAGCUUGUUUCCCCUUUGCCACAAGAAAAAAGCUACAAGCAGACACCGCUGGUCCUUCAGGUUACACCAGAACCAGCUCCAGCACUUCCUGCCAAACACCCAAAGUCUUCAACCACAGGUCCACAGAUCAAGGGAGAGAAGCUCCCCAUAGCCAGACCUGCACAGAGGGUUUCCCAGAGUAAACCAGCACCAGGCCCAGCAGCUGUCUAUCCAGAAGGCAAGUACCAUUACCAGGGUUACUAG